AUGAAUCGCAACCUGACUAGUUUCCAAGGAGGUCGCUCACAACAGAAGUUGGAUGCGGAUAAUGAGGCCUCAACAUUUCUCAACUUGAUUACGGCCACUAUUGAAGCUAUUUGGGAGCAAAGUGAGCAGUCGGAGUUGAACAGAGUUGCAUGGAACAGAGUUGGUGCAGUCAGCAAGUACUGCUGCUCAAUUUAUGGGCUUUCGUGUUUGGUAAUGGCGUUGGUCUUGAACAGGACAUUAGUCAUGGCCUCAACGAAUAGCAUACACAACCAGCAGUUGGCCAUUAAUCAAAGACGCCAACGCAUGCCCAACAAUAGGUUAGUUGCUUUAUACAAACCUGCAGCUUUUUUGAAAAAUGCUUUCAUAGUAUCCAUGAGAAUAGGUGUUGUUGCAAUAUUGGCAUGCCAGCUUUACAACAUAUUAAUCGUCUUGAAAUUGAAUGAGCAUCUUGGGCUCGCGCAAGGUUCAAACAUCCCGUGGCUUUACAAAUUGAUCCCUGAAAAGUGGUUUGAAACUGGAGUCCUAGCUUUUGAAAGCAGCAAAUACUUGCACACACCUUCUAAACAGGUAAUGAUCGGCCCCACCAGCGAUAUGUACUGGCCAAUCUUCAAGGCUUUCUGUUUGCUGUCAUUUAUCGAGACAUUCAUCUCAUCAGUCCAAGGAACCAAGGCAUGUUCAGAAAGCGGGAUUACAAUAUUCGAGCACUCUUUGGCGUUUCAAGAAUUUAGCAGCAAUGCAGCAUUCUUUUUCAGCAAUUCCUACCAUUACAAAAGACCUACAGAGGAAGUGUUACUAACGUCAAUGUUUCUGAUCUUGAACCACAUCAAUAUUCAUGUUGGUGCUAUAAUCAAUAAAAACCGGUACAGGUUGAUUCCACUGACUGUUUUUGGACUAGCUUACUUGAGUUACUUUCUAUAUUCGGCCUCCUGUGGAAGCAUAUUUAGCUUUCCUUCUAUCCUAGUUCUCACAAUUACGCCUCAGAUUUUGAUCUGCAUGAUUAUAAGCACAAGUGCACUUAUUUUUCUUGCAGCGAUUGUGGUGAAUGGCUUUCAGUUUCGCGGCUUAAACUAUGCCAGUUUCUUUACUUCGGAGCUACAGAGCAUCAAUGAGGUGGGUAAUGUUGAAGAUACUGCGUUUGACAUACCGUCAGAGUCGGCAUUGUCUCAGCUCAACAUCAAUUGGAACGAUGAUUUCUAUUCGGCAUUAUUGAGUGUGGGUGUAUUGGCGAUUACUCUGGCAGGAAAAUCGAGCUAUAUUACAGAAUUGAGUCUAGUGACUAUAGAUGCAGAAACAUGGGUCGAACGGAGCUUAGUACUGCAAAUGAGUAAAAGAAAUAUUCUGGGACAAGGACAAGGACAAGGACAAGGACAAGGAGAAGGACAAAAAAAUGAGGGCGCUGGGGCAGAGAAAGUAGAAGAGAUUGGGUAUCAGAAGUUUUUGAGCGAACCAUACAGUACAUGGCUCAAUAGUGGACCCGAAGGAGCGGACACUGCAGCAGCAGCGGCAGCGGCAGCAGCUUUCUCCUCUCAAAAAAGUAUUUUUAAAGCAAGAUGGUCUGCAUUUUGUGAACUCGCAAACAAUUUCUACCAGUUGAUAUACGGACUCGUAGUUGAGAAAAUGGUAAAGAAUACCAUAAAAAGACUUUUUUCAAAUAGAAGGCAACGUGCUCGUCAUAAUCGUGAUGGGUUAGGUAGACGCGCAGAUGGAAAUUCGUCUGGUAUCGGGCAAACUUCAUCGACCCCUGUUCCCUCAUUCCUUAAAAAGUAUAUAAGGAUUAAGCCAGACCCAAGCAUUGGAGAAUUGAAGCAAUCAGGUAUUAGUUUGGACAGUAUGCCUGUCCAGAUUGUGGAGCAAAACUAUGCUUCUAUUCUUUCAGGAGCUGAUCUUGAUGAAUGGGACAAUUCAGAAGACUAUGUUUAUUACGAAAACGAAUACCUGGAGGCCGAGGAAGAGGAGGAAAGAGAGAGCGAUAUUGAAGCUUAUUUGGGCGAUACAAAUCUAAAGAAUUUACGUGGUAAUCAUCAAACAUCGAAUCUAAUAAGGAACGAUCUGCCCGCGUUGUUGGAGCUUUUUGAUCGAGAAGGUGUUUCGGAAAUUUUCAGUCAAGAGUUUGAUUUGCAAAUGAUUCGGGACCAUUACAACUACAAAGGCAGAUUGACACGAUCAAAGUAUGGCCAACUUUAUAGGAAGAGAAACCAUGGCGGAGAUAAUAACCAAGAUAACGAUGAAACUGAAAUGUCUAACAAACACGAAGCGUUUAAACUUUUUGACUUGAUUGUUUCGAAAAGAAGUAAAAGUGAUUCAUCUAAUGAGAAGGAUGGAGCUCAGCAUACGACGAGAUCCUUGGAAUGUGUUAUAUGUCAGACCAACAUGAGAGAAAUCAUUACAUGGCCAUGCAAAUGCUUUGCAAUUUGCGAGCCGUGCAGACUAAGUCUAGUCAGUAAGGGAAUAGAGGGUUGUGUAUGUUGCAGAAGCGAAGUCCGUGGUGUUUCAAAAGUGUAUAUCCCAUGA